UGAGGCUUCCCAAAACAAAAAGUACAGUUGAAUAAAUAAAAAACGCGUGGUGUACUGAUUAGUAUUGCCUGCAAAAAGGUGCCAACCCACCCAUGCUCUCUCUCUCCCCUUCUCUCCCUCUUUGCAGAUGAUCUCCAGGGCCUCCUCUGCCAUGGCUGCCUUUCCUUGCUCUAGGGUGAGGAGUGGGCUUCGCGUUUGGCCGGGCGUGAGACAACUUUGCUUCAGAAAAGGCCUUUUGUAUGGGUUCCUUCGAUUCUUGUCUACACCGUUAAAAACCUUGCGCGGAGCUAGUCGAUCCCUUAGAGUGAACCAAUUUUGCAGUGUUGUUAAUCUGUUUUCGACAUUGCAAAUUGAAUUGGUACCAUGUCUCAGGGACAACUAUGCGUAUCUUUUACAUGAUGUAGAUACGGGCACAGUUGGUGUUGUUGAUCCUUCCGAGGCUGUACCUAUUAUAGAUGCCUUGAGGAGGAAAAAUCGAAAUUUGACAUACAUAUUGAACACCCAUCAUCACCACGAUCACACUGGUGGGAAUGCGGAGCUAAAAGAAAGGUACGGUGCAAAGGUGAUUGGUUCCGCAAUAGACAGGGAUAGGAUUCCUGGUAUUGAUAUUGUUUUGAAAGAUGGAGACAAGUGGAUGUUUGCCGGCCAUGAGGUGGUUGUAAUGGAAACUCCUGGGCAUACUCGAGGCCACGUUAGUUUCUAUUUUCCUGGUUCUGGGGCCAUUUUUACAGGAGACACUUUGUUCAGUUUAUCAUGUGGCAAGCUUUUCGAAGGAAGCCCCGAGCAGAUGUUCACAUCCCUUAAAAAGAUCAUGGCUUUGCCCGAUGAUACGAAUAUAUAUUGUGGCCAUGAGUAUACAUUGAGUAAUUCGAAAUUUGCUGUGUCUAUUGAACCCCAAAAUGAGGCACUCAAGUCCUAUGCAGCCAAUGUAGCCCAUAUUCGCAGCAAGGGCUUACCAACGAUUCCAACUACACUGAUGAUUGAGAAGUCUUGCAAUCCCUUUCUUCGCACUUCAAGUACGGAAAUCAGAAGGUCCUUAAAUAUUUCAGAAGCAGCUGAUGAGGCAGAAGCCUUGGGAAUCAUACGCCAAGCUAAGGAUAAAUUUUAAGAUGUUUUCGAAGCAUGUUUCUUUUGUUGUAUAGGACACGAUGCCAAGCUUGCCCUGUGUUAUGCUCUUAUUAGCAGUAUAGCAGUAAGGACUCGCCACAACAACAGUAUUGCAGCAAGGGUGCUGAUUUUGCAAAUACAUUUUCAAGGAACUCCAUACCUGAGCUGCUCCAUGGAAGUGAAUCCAUGGCAAGUGGGAAUAUGUAAUAGUCCUUCGCAAUGCAAUUCUGAGUCUAAAUAAACCCUUAGCUUCCCACAACCCAAAUGAGUUGAAAUUGUAGGUUCAAGUGCUGUUUGUUGUUUGGAGAGGGAGCAACAAGUCACUGUGUUUCAUUCGAAAUUACUUUUGCAAUCAAUGGGAGACAUUAAAAAAAAAAAAAGAUUAUU